UUUAUUAUGUGGUGUAUGCUAACUUGCUUUCUCGCUGUAUUGGUAUACAGAUACAGCUACUUGUCUUCAUGGCAAAUCAAGCAGAUUCCUGUAUCAGCGCUUGCUGCUCCAGGUUGUCUUGUUGUCACAUGGGUGACUAACAGACAGAAGCACUUACGUUUUGUUAAGGAUGAACUUUAUCCACAUUGGUCUGUGAAAACACUUGCUGAGUGGCACUGGGUAAAAAUUACUAGAUACGGAGAAUUUGUAUUGCCUUUGGAUUCUUUCCACAAAAAGCCCUAUGAAGUUCUUAUACUGGGGAGAGUUCAAGGAAACAUAAAGGAAGCCCUAAGCAGGAAAUCUGAAGAUGUACUUCCAGUUCCAGAACAUAAGUUAAUUGUCAGCAUACCCUGCAGUCUACAUUCACAUAAGCCCCCCCUCACUGCGGUUCUGGCAGAGUUUAUCAAGCCAGAUGUGGAGUGCUUGGAGCUGUUUGCUCGCAACUUGCAGCCUGGCUGGACCAGCUGGGGAAAUGAGGUUCUGAAGUUUCAGCACAUUGAUUAUUUCACUCUUCUGCGGAAUGAAAACUAACUUUGUUCUUGUAACUUAAUUCUGAAAUUUGUCCUUCUUAGCAAGCUCUGGAGCUUGCUUUUCUUUUGGUGCGCUCAGAAAUGAAACCAACUGCACUUCAGUUGCAAUUCUUGCAGUGACAGAAUAUCUGUUUGAUAGCAUCUGUAUCUAUACAAGCUGCUCCUCUUCUUCGAAGAUCUUGGAUUAGUUAAAGACUCAUGCUAGUGGACAAGUACAUCCCUGUUUCUUUUUUU